UAACAUUAGGAAUAAUAAAUAAAUAAAUAAACUGUAAAAAUAAGUUUUUUUUUCAAAUUACUGGAGUAUAAAAUACUAGUCUUUCUACUUCAGAAUUGUAUGUUUACUGUAAUUCUAUGUGUUACUUGUUUCUUUGUAAUAAUUUGUAAAAUUUACUAGCAAUUUUCAAAUGAAAAAUGUUUUAAAGUAAAUCCUGCUCGAUUUUUUAAUUCUUCUUCUUCUUCUUUUUUAUGUGUAGUCAAUUUUAAUUUCAUGUUGACUUUAAAUCAUUAGAUCUGUCUGUAUGGGCUGCUAAGAUUAAACAGAAAUAUAAAAAAGUUUGUUAUGUGACAAUAGAUUUAAAUAUUAAAAAAUCAACAACAUUGAAAUAUGGAAAUAUCCCUGAUAUAAAAUAUAAUCUUAUUAUUAUUUUAUUAUUUUCUAUCAUUAUUUUAUUACUAAAGGCAGAGAAAGGAAUGUCCUGCACUUUUAAACUGGCUUGUCAUCAUUUAUAAAAAAAAAAAAAAAAAAAAGAAAGGUGACAAGUCAUUGUCAAACACUCUUUAAUGCGCCUGUGUGCGUGGGUGUGUGUACAUGUGGGUGCAUUUAUGACAUUUAGGAACUUACAAAUGUGGUUUCACUUGUGAGCGCUUCAGACUCUGUAUAGACGCAGCUCACUAGAGAAGGUCUUUAUUCUCAGCAUCUGUCAGAGAAGCGUGUGUGUGAAGUGUGUUAGCCGUGUCGUGGAGGAUGAAGCUGCUCCAUGGACUGAUCCUGGCUGUGGCUGUCCUAGUUCUGGCUGCAGGACACAGUGUGGAAUCUGGAUGUGAGGACUUUGACAUCAAGGGGAAAGAUGUGUGCUGCACAAAGUGUAAACCAGGAAACCGUCUUGUGACUCCCUGUGGUUCAGAUCCAAACACUUUAUGUACUCCCUGUAAAAAAGGCACCUAUAUCACCGACCCGGCCCAGCGGAUGUGUUUGAUCUGUGAUCAGUGUAGUUCAGAUAAAAUGCGGGUGAAGGUGAAUUGCACUGCCAGCAGUAACACAGUUUGUGAGUGUAUACCGGGAUAUCGAUGCGCAAAUGACAAAUGUCUUCGCUGCAUUAAAGAGUCUGGUAAUGGACAGCAGCCCAAUUCAACAAGUACCAAACCAACAGUGUCGCCAGCACGCAAUUCAGACAGAAGCACCAAACCAAAAGUGUUGCCAGAACGUGACGCAGAAAGCCAGAUCACUGCUAUUCUCAUCAUCUUCGCGCUCAUCUGCUUAGUGAUACCUGUUAUUACAAUCCUUUUCCUGGAGUGGAGAAGAAGAAAGGCCACUCAUAAACCCCAUGCUGAAAAGGAAACUCUUGAAGAAGGAGGACAGACUCAAACAUCUCUUCUUGAUGAGCCCAGCUUCUGUUUUCCUCAGCAGGAACGCGGCGGCAGCAAUCAGAGUUCGACGGCCUCGCUAAUUUCACAGGAUAUCGGACCUUUGGAAGCAUGAACUUGUGUUCUGUAGCAAGCUGAACAUAAAUGAGCAUUCAUUUGUAGUUAUAUGCAGAUAUGUAUAAUGUCUAUGUAAUGUGUAAUUUAUUUACUGUAUUCUACUGGAAUCCUGUCAUUAAAACUGUAUUCAUGAUGUUUGUGAAUGUUUGUUGCCAAUAAAGCAGCUGUAGUAUUUAA